CAACGUUUCAACAGCAAAGGUCAUGCUACAAAUCAUAGUAAGUUUCCAUGUUCCUACAUGUUCCUGCUUCUCGGUCUCGGUACAGUUAGUGACGGGCCUGUCCCUGGGCUCAGCAAGUGUGAAAGAUGUGGGAGAGUGAAGAGGUUACUCUCCUGCUGCCAAGCGGCUGAAGAAAACGCGAUAACCUCGAGCGGAAGCUUUGUUUCGACUGUUUUGGUCUUAUAUUCCUUACAUAUGGUAUCAACCAUUGUCACCAUAUGAUCCAGGGCGAGUUACAUGAUGUUACUCAAGUACGUCGUGGGGGUCGAUCGUGACUUCCGAUUCCUCGAUGAUGUUCCCAGGCUCCUUCCUUCCAUUGCAAGAUACACAAACCAUGUCAUCUGAGAUGUGUCGAUCUUGUUUCUGCUUCUUCAAAUCCUCUUCCUCGAGCCUCUUCCUCCCUCAAAUGUCUCGCGCCCUCCGACCUCUCUUCCGGGCGUCCUGAAUGCAAAGAUGCCCAAUACAUCCACCGCAUAUACACGCGCAGCGACCAUCUUGAAGGCUUUCAGACCUACAAUCCCUCGAAAUCUUCUCCAUCGACUUAGACGAUAUCUGCCUCGACCAACCUUCCUCCUACUUCACUGGGCCUACAUCAUCACAACCUGCAUGGUAUCAUCCAUCAUCUUCUGGCACUUGUCGACUCCUCGUGGCUAUGUCUCAUACGUUGAUUCCCUGUUUCUGAUCGUUGCCGCAACGACCCAAGCUGGGUUAAAUACUGUCAAUCUCAGCAGCCUGAACACUUUCCAACAGUGCAUAAUCUUCGUUCAUAUCAUCCUCGGGAACCCAAUCUUCGUCAGCGCCUUCGUGGUCCACGUUCGAAAGCAUGCUUUCCAUACGAGAUUCAGAAAAGUUGCAGAGGAUAAGCAGAGCAAAAAGAAGACCAGUUCUUCUACAGGCGUGCAACCGGUUACCUGGCAGUCUUCUUUCGCUGCCAACUCGGAGUCUGCAAUGCAUCCGAGGCAAACCCUUCACUGCGCAUCGAAUAGUUCACACAACUACCGUCUUCGAAUUGACCCGAGCCUCACAUCGAUGGGUAGCAAAGCGGAGGAUAAAAUCAGUCCAACACAAUCCACACAUGACCACUACGAUGACACACUUCGAUCUUCGAACGGAGCACAAGAUCCGAGAUGUUUCUCCAGUCCCUUAUGGCCCAAAGAGAGCAGACAUCUCAGGCGUGGCACCGUCGACAGGAACGCACAAUUUCACAGUCUGUCAUUCGAAGAAAGGGAGCACAUUCGAUGUGUUGAAUACCAAGCCGUGCGACUCCUCAGCUAUGUGGUGCCCAUUUACAUCGUCGCCUGGCAGCUGUUUGGAUGCAUUGCUCUUGGUACAUAUAUGUCCUGUAAAGGACAGAGUGCUGCAGCUGCCAACGCCGUCAAUCCCUGGUGGGCAGGAACAUUCUAUGCUAUUGCUAGCUUCAAUAAUGUCGGGAUGUCGUUGUUGGACGCCAGUGUAAUUCCGUUCCAAAGAUCCGUUUUCUUCCUGUCUGUAAUGGGCAUCUUGAUGCUGGCUGGAAAUACCGCAUAUCCAGUCCUUUUACGAUCAAUCCUCAGGACAACACUCUACCUUCUUCCGAACAACGAUCAAUAUAGGUCUUGGCGAGAAACCAUCGACUUUGUCCUGAGAUACCCACGACGAGUCUACACCAACCUCUUUCCCUCCGCACAAACCUGGUGGCUAUUCUUCAUUCUCGCCAUUUUCAAUGCAAUCGACUGGACGGGCUUCGAAAUACUAAAUCGCAACAACCCUCUGGUAACAGCCAUUCCAAUCGGAUACCGUCUUCUCGAUGGAUUGUUUCAAUCCUUGGCUGUCCGAUCAAGUCGCUUUGCCAUCAUCCCCAUCGGCUCGUUGGCGGUUGGUCUACAGGCAUUAUAUAUCAUGAUGAUGUAUAUUUCCGCUUUCCCAGUGGUCAUCACCAUGCGCAAUUCCAAUGUUUACGAGGAGAGGUCUCUGGGCAUUUAUGCUCAGGACAUCAAGGAGGACCAACGAGAACAAGAAUUCCGCACUCCCAACUCUGUCCGCAAAAUGAGAAUGUACUUCGUCCGGACACAGAUUCAGAGGCAACUUGGUCAUGACCUCUGGUUUGUCAUUGCCUGCAUGAUACUCAUUAUCUGGAUCGAGACGGACAGCUACGAGAAGGACCCGAUAACUUACUCCAUCUUCAGCAUCAUCUUCGAGGUUGUGUCAGCAUAUGGCUGCGUGGGACUCAGUAUCGGUUUGCCGAAUCAGGCUUACAGCUUCUGCGGUGCAUGGCAUGCUUCUGGGAAGCUGGUGCUUUGUGCGCUGAUGUUGCGGGGUCGGCAUCGAGGAUUACCAGUGGCGAUCGACAAAGCCAUUCAAUUGCCAGGUGAUAGGGAGAGCAUGUUGGAAGAGGAGGAUCAUGGUAUCCGGGUGGAGAGGUCUCGGCAUGAGAGUCGUGUUGGCGUGUGAGUGGAUGAGUUGAAUUAGUGGCAAGUGCAGGCGUUUACAGUGUCGGAUUUUAUAUUUUCUACCCACUGCUUUCAUUCCUAGACGACCCGGAGGCAAUAAACGCAAUUUUUAACGGC